AUGGGAGGGUCACAGGAAAGUACUACCGUGACUGGGAGGGUCACUGGGAAGUACUACCGUGACAACAUCCUUGCACAGAUCGUUGAGCCUUUCGCACGUCUGUCUGGGCGCCAUUUUGUUUUCAGGACGACAAGGCCCGUGCUCACCGGAGUCUACUGGUCACUGCUUCCAUCAUCAUGUCAAGCACACUGCCUGGCAGAACCAUCAGACAUAGCUUAUUCAUCGUUCUCGUCCCGUCUCACUCAGCUGGACAGAGGAGUGACAACAUCCACGUUUUGGUGCAGUGCUGGGGCGGUCUUCAUCGCGAGGAGGGACUUGGCUCCAUCCAUGGAAAUCACCUUCAAAGACAGACCAACAGUUGUUGGAGUAGGAAUACAGGGACCUCCGACCACCCACAAACAAUAUGGGUUCCCAUUCUUCCAAGUCUACAAUUGGGUGGGAAUCAAUAUGUAUGAAGCUAUUAGAGAAGGGAAUGUCAGAAAUAGGCGAAUUAAGACAUUUCCAGGUCUCACAGCACAAGACAUUGAGCGUGGUGCUCUGAAAGAUCACAUGUUUCCAUAUCCAGUGGUGACUAAUAAGUUAAAGAUUUUCUUCAAACUAAGACUUGGUCAUGAUAAAGUCUGCUUAAAAAUCCAGUUUUAUCAGAACCCAGAAGCAUGUGAUGAAAUGUAUGAAGAAGAAGAUAAAUGUAGGAGUGACAAUGGAGGCUGCCAGCAUAUCUGUAAAAGAGUAUCUGUUAAUUCAUUCUACUGCACAUGUUGGCCAGGCUACACGUUAUGGCGCAAUGGAUUAAACUGUGUGCCAGAUUAUCAGAUUAAAUUCCAUCUUAGUGAUAGAAGACAAAUUUUCGAAGUGGCACAGGCUGAGUGUUUUCAUCGCGGUGGAGUUUUAAGUACUCUUUUCUCUAAAGACGAAUAUGUCAACAUGACAGCCACAACACCUAAAUGGGCAGAUGUUUAUUACAUAGGUGUUGUGGAUGUGGACCAUGAUCAAAGCUACAGUCGAUGGAUAGAUGGGUCAGAUGUUGUUUUCUCUGCUUUUUCCUGGACCCAUGCUAACCCAGGCUCCACUGGUAUGAGUCUGCCUGAUUUAUGGAUCACUGACUACCACCAUGAUGCUCAACUGUACAGCUGUCGUAUUUCAAAUGAAGAUUCUUACCUAGUAAGUGGUUACCAUGGUAUACAGGACUUCCAAUUGACAUCGUCGCCGUACCUGACAUUAUAUUCAACAAUAUCAGCUAUAGCAUUUGGUCAUGCCAGUAGUCGCCGUGGUUCUAAGGCUUAUAUAAAAACCGACACUGGACUAGAGUAUGGGUCGAUGUGGAGACCCAACUGA